GAGGUGGAUUGAAGCAGCAUAAAACUAAUCGUCACAGCGCAGCUGAAUUCCGUUAAAACCAAUACUCCGAUUCAGUAGCAACUUCAGCAACUGUAUCGUAACAGUAAUCACUCUCUCUUUACCUUCUUCCCCAAUAUUCCAUUUCCAUCACUCUCUCUCACUCUCUCUCAACCCUCUACCACCUUGGAAAUUGGAUUCUGUACUACCACCACCGAAAACCCACUAUGGAUCCGAACCCGAAGAACUUCCCCAUCCUCUCCUACGUCAUGGCCCGACUCCCUUCCUUUGUCCCCAAACCCGCCACCGCCUCCGAAUCCGAAUUCACCGAUGUCGAUAUCGAAAACCCAGAAGCGCCCUCGUCGUCAUCAUCAUCGAAGAAACCGACCACCGGUCCAUCUACUUCGUCCUCGGGUCAGAACCGUAUCGUCGAGAACAUGCCACACCUAUCCGACCCCAAAGUCGUCAUGUCCAUGACCCGAGCAAUCUCCGAUGUCGUCCAGACCCGAACCGUGCUCAACACUAUCGGACCGAGGCCCGACCACGAGGCCGUCGAUGUGGCUAGGGCUAAGCUCUCGGAAAUCGAAGCGAAUUUAUCGAAGCAGCUUGAGGAAUUGGUUUUGUCGCCGAGGCCGGCUGACGUGGACAGACAUCAAUGGCGAGCUCACUUGGCGGAUAAGGAGAACGAGUGCAGGCGAUCGGCGGAGAAAGAGAAGGAGAAUUACAAGGUGAUAAUCCAGCUGGAGGAGAUGCACGAGGCGUACGAGAAGCUGCUGAGCGACGCGGAGGCGAGGCUGGAGAAGAUUUACCAGUCGGCGGAGGCCGGCGGCAGUGGAGUGAACGCGCGGGAGCAGGAGGAGGAUCGCGUGGGAGGUGGGGAACCGAGCGAGGAGGUGAACGAGGAGGUGGUUGGGAUUCUUCAGGAGGCCACCGGAACUGGGUUGGAGCGCGUGGAUUUGUCGGGUCGAAGAUUGCGGUUCUUGCCCGAGGCGUUCUGUCGGAUUCGGAGCUUGCUGGUUCUGAAUAUCUCCAACAAUGUAUUCGAGGUCCUUCCUGAUUCAAUAGCUGGAUUGGAAAACCUUGAGGAGCUUAAUGUCUCAUCUAACCUGUUUGAGUCACUGCCAGAUGCUAUUGGCUUGUUGCAGAGGUUGAAAAUUCUGAACGCCUCUGGAAACAAGCUAAAAGCACUUCCUGAGUCCAUUUGUCAUUGCAGGUCAUUGGUGGAGUUGGAUGUGAGCUUCAACAGCCUGACAUACUUGCCAACAAACAUUGGUUAUGGAUUGGUGAAUCUGGAGAGGCUUUCAAUCCCACUGAACAAGAUCCGUUCACUUCCCUCCUCCAUCUGUGAGAUGAGAUCAUUGCGCUAUUUGGAUGCUCACUUCAAUGAGCUCCGUGGCCUUCCACAUGCCAUUGGAAGGUUAACAAAUCUUGAAGUUCUCAAUCUGAGCAGUAAUUUUAGCGACUUGACUGAGCUGCCUGAUACAUUUGGUGAUCUAAUCAAUCUCAAGGAGCUUGAUCUCAGCAACAACCAGAUUCAUGCCCUUCCUGAUACAUUUGGGCGGCUUGACAAUUUGACCAAACUCAACUUGGACCAGAAUCCUCUUGUAAUUCCCCCUGUGGAGAUAGUGAACCAAGGGGCUGAAGCGGUCAAGAGUUUUAUGGCCAAGAGGUGGCUGGAUAUACUGGUAGAAGAAGAAAGGAAGUGUAUGCUUGAAGUACAAGAACAACAAGAGACUGGAUGGUUAACACGCAGCACUUCCUGGUUGAAAAAUACUGUUUCAGGAGUUACUGAAUAUUUGGGAUCCCCAAAAACUCCUAGAGACCCCUAUCUUGAUCAGCAGCUAUGAUUUUGAGGACUGUGGAUUUUGUUUUGAUUGCUUUCUCUAAUCUUCUGGCACAUUCAUCUUUUGAAGAUCAAAGAGAUUACUUCUUCAGCAAAAUUAUUGUUCUUGUUCUUCCUGUUCUUUACCCUGCAUAUCUUCUAUCAAAAGAGAUGAGGAUCUGGUAAUGUUGCUUUGUUUUUUAUUUUUUGUUUUUAUAUAUAUUUUUCAAUGUCCAAAAGUUGGAAAUGUAAGUUUUGCCUACAGAUUAAUAGGCAAAAAGACUUUCGUUUGAUGAUUGUAGUUUGGUUAUUGUAGCUGUACAUUCACUGAACUUGGAUAACAGAAUUUUGGCUUUAGAUCU